CCAUCAUUUCACCUUUUUUUAGUUUAGUAAAUUACUGCAGUAAGGAAUAUGCUAAGAAGUGGUGAUUUCUCUCGGCAUAAUAUGGGGCAAGAAGAAACAUCCAACACAGUAUGUCCAAACUGAUAUCCUCUUGUGACCAUAUCAUGCCCCAAGACUGUGAAACUUAAAGGAUAGCUUCCUUCUCACUUUUUCUCCCCCAUGCAAUGGGAAAGGCUCUUUGCAGCCACAACAUCUCAAGCAUACACACAACAGAGGAGAACAAGGCAAUGCUGAAGAAAUCUUGGAGGGGACAAUAGGGGUCCUCUGCGAGAGAUCUAGAGGGUUCCCCAACUCCCCUAUCUGGCUGCACCGUGCACACUGCAUGGGAUAUAAGGAAGCUGUGAGCUUGCAGUGGAUAUCUUACUGCUAGUAUAUACAUCCGGUCCUGUGACUUGCAUGUAUUGGCAGGAUACUGUGGCCGGCAGUUAGUCACUUUGUAUGGAGAGGACGCCUUGGUGCAGGUGAUUGGAGUAACGCUUCAAUGCGAGGCAGCCGCUGUCCGUGGUGCUGAAGCAGCCUGCAAGCGCCUGUCUGGAGCUGUUCCUUCAGUAGGUGCUGAAGCAGCUUGCUAGUGCCCGUCUGGAGCUGUCCCUUCUUCACCCUAAACUGCAGCUACAGACUUGUACACCCUUCCAUUAUUAAGUCUGCACGGACUUUAUUAUUGCACCCUUAUUGCAAGUGCCAGUAUAUUUAUUUCUACUCUACAACCCACCACCCAGCAGACAUCAUGUGCAGUCUCAAUGCACUGGGCAUCUACCUUUGGGAGACCGUUGUAUUCUUCAGCAUUGCAGCUUCCAAAGAAGUUGGAGCUUCUGCGCGAUCUGCUCCCAAGCUGAUGUCACCCUCCGAUUUCCUGGACAAGUUGAUGGGGAAGAUCUCAGGAUAUGAUGCAAGAAUCCGGCCCAACUUCAAAGGGCCCGCAGUGAAUGUCAGCUGCAACAUCUUCAUCAACAGCUUUGGCUCUAUAGCGGAGACCACCAUGGAUUAUAGACUGAACAUUUUCCUCCGUCAGCAGUGGAAUGACCCUCGCUUGGCUUACAGUGAAUACCCAGAUGACUCCCUGGAUUUGGACCCAUCUAUGUUAGACUCCAUUUGGAAACCUGAUCUUUUCUUUGCCAAUGAAAAAGGGGCAAAUUUCCAUGAAAUCACCACAGACAAUAAACUGCUCAGAAUCUUUAAAAAUGGCAAUGUCCUUUAUAGCAUUCGGUUGACCCUGACUUUGGCUUGUCCCAUGGAUCUGAAAAAUUUUCCGAUGGAUGUUCAAACUUGUAUCAUGCAAUUGGAGAGCUUUGGUUACACAAUGAAUGAUCUGAUAUUUGAGUGGGAGGAGGUGGGUGCCGUGCAGGUGGCUGAAGGCCUCACCUUGCCACAGUUUAUCUUGAAAGAGGAGAAGGAUCUGAGGUACUGCACCAAGCACUACAACACAGGAAAAUUUACGUGCAUUGAAGCUCGUUUCCACUUGGAGAGACAGAUGGGUUAUUACCUGAUCCAGAUGUACAUUCCCAGCUUGCUUAUUGUCAUCCUUUCCUGGGUGUCUUUCUGGAUCAACAUGGAUGCGGCACCUGCCAGAGUUGGCCUGGGCAUUACUACUGUGCUGACCAUGACCACCCAGAGCUCUGGAUCUCGAGCAUCUCUACCAAAGGUAUCUUAUGUGAAAGCUAUUGACAUCUGGAUGGCAGUCUGCUUGCUUUUCGUCUUUUCUGCCCUGCUGGAAUAUGCCGCUGUCAACUUUGUAUCACGACAGCACAAGGAGCUUUUACGUUUCAGGAGAAGGCGACGACACCACAAGGAGGAUGACACCGGUGAAGGACGUUUCAGCUUUGCCGCUUAUGGAAUGGGCCCUGCAUGUCUACAGGCAAAAGAUGGGAUCUCUGUGAAAGGAAACAAUAACAACAACCCAACCAGCUCUGCUCCUCCUGCAUCAAAAUCUCCGGACGAGAUGCGCAAGCUCUUCAUCAGCCGGGCCAAGUAUAUCGACAAAAUGUCAAGGAUUGGAUUCCCUUUGGUUUUUCUUAUAUUCAACACAUUCUAUUGGAUCAUCUACAAAAUUGUGCGUAGUGAGGAUGUUCACAAGCAGUGAACAUGAAUUAGGUUCAGGGUGGGCGGGGAGUAUGGACAAAAUAAAAAAUAAAAAAAUUACUUUGGUUUGAAAGUACAAGAUGAAAGAAAGAAUGAGAAUAACUGAAAAGGAAUUAUGGGAUAGAUAAUAGAGGAACUUGAUCAUUUACAAUGAAGUGUUUUAGAGUGAAACUAUUACUUGAUGUAGCAUUCGUGCCUCCACGCAUUUCACUGCUUUAUGUUGGGGACACAAAUGUCACUUAGUUGUUUAAAAAGUUAAGAUGAAAAAUGAAAUACUGUGUAGUCAUAGAUAGGGGAAUUUAUUAAGCAAACAAAAUGAAAUGCAUGGGGAUAGAGUUAGUACGCUGAAACAGAAAGACAUGGAAAACUAGAGUGAAAGGCAUUUUCUUCAUGAACAAAAAAACUGUAUUAAGUCUGUGCAAUAGCAAUGCAGAAAUGCAUGUUUUUAAGAAUGUGGCAAUAUAUAUAUAUAAAAAUCCAAGGAUUGGGAGCUUUUAAAUCCAUGCAAGUGGAACAGUGGUGUAAAUAGGCCUUCAGAGUGUUGGGAUGAGGGACUGGGAUUUGCUGGUGUGGGGAUGAACCCAGUGGAGCUGUAUGUAAAAUAUUAAAAAGUGCCAGGGUAAUAUAUGUAAAAUAUGCAACAUAUAGUCAUGCUAAAUAUAUUCUAAAACGCACAUAAUAUAAUAUUGUUAUUUUAAAAAUGUUGUUUGCUCUUAGCGUAUGAACUGGGCUCUGUGAGCCGUGGUUUAUGGAGAUGCAUAGAAGACUGGAAAAAGUGGGAUUUAUUUUAGUAUUCCUUGAUGCCUAGUAAUACAUUUUUUCCAGAUCACUGUAACCUUUUUUUCACCGGAAAUUGUGCAAUGAAGGAGUAGUUGAUAUGAAUAUACAUGCAUAUUAGAUCCAGUUUCUUUAUUGGUCUCCUGCUGAUAGUUUAGUAAUAUUCGAUUUAGCGUGUCCCCCCCCCCCCCAUUUUUUUUUUCAACUAGCACUUCAAUGGAAAUAAAUUAUAACAUAUAAAACUAACAUGAGAUUCAAGGGGUAAUGUGCAGUGAAAUCGUAAGAUAACUGUUUUUAUCUUAUGUUGAUCAAUUUAGAAGAGAGUAAUAGGGUUUAUUAUUCAGACUGAGGAAUAGUUUUUUCUUUUUAAUUACCAGUCUUCCGGGUUUUCAUUAAGUCCUUUUUGUCUUUAAUGCAGAGGGACAAAUAUUGUGUUAUACUUGAAAUUGUAGAGACUAGAGAGUGGGUGUGAUUACAAUGGUGAUAUUUUGUUAUGUAAUGCACCUUAUUGGUUAGUACUUAAAGAAAUCGACAACAUCUUAAAUAACCACCAUGGUAUGUAUCUAACACGUCACUGGUCUCGUUAACUGUGUCCAAGGUCUUCUGGCAGAAGGCAAUCAAUACCAAUGAAUGUAGCCAGUGCCACACAAAAUGGCUUACCGUUCUGCAAAUAAAUGAAAUAUUUGCUGCUCUUCAGCAUUGGAUUCCACAGUGGGGUAAAUUUACUAAUGUGGGAGUUUUUUUAGAACUGGUGAUGUUGCUCAUAGCAACUAAUCAGAUUCUACUAAACAUUUAGCUAGCUGCUUUUAGAAGAUGAUAGAAUCUGAUUGAUUGAUUGAUUGAUUGAUUGAUUGCUAUGAGCAAUAUCACCAGUACUAAAAAAACUCCCACUCUGGUAAAUGUACCCUCUGUGUGUGAUAAACAUGGCUGACACAUUGGAAAUUACCUUUUACCUUUACUGGAGGUAUUAUUUUGUAGGCUAAACUAAUAUUCAAGAAAAUGGAGCCCCGAUGUUCACUGUAUAACAGGGGCAAAACUAAGGUAUGAUGAGAAUGUAGUAACUAGGAACCAGAAAUAUAUUUGCCACUACUUCCUAGUAAAUUGACAGGCUGAAUUACAGAUCCAGCAUACAAAAUGACUGCCUCCGCUGCAAAUAGGUGUAAGAUCUGUGUAAAAUACUGGUUAUCUAUGCCUACAAAUCACAAUAACUGCUUUCUAAAUGCAUAAAAGUUAACAUUCGUAGAAAAGUGAAUAGCUUCUGAACAUUUUUGUUCCAUUGUCCCUUGUGUGAUAUCUCAGUCUGACCUGCAUUUCCUUCUAGUAAAAUUACAAUCUACUCCUGAGCAUGCUCUCUGGAAUAAUUCAGUUACCUCCUAGUCAUUGGAAAGAACUCCAGAAGCAAUAUGAAUCUGUUGAAUGUUGAAAAGAAGUCACAAUAAUCUGUCUUUUAGUAAAGUCUGAUGUACAGGAAACAGUAGGAUGCGUGCUACUGCAUUUUUCUGUUAACCAGACAGGUAUGUGUGAAAAUAUAUGGGGGGAGAUUAUUAAAUCUUGGCGAGAUAAAGUACCAACCAAUCAGCUUCCAACUGUCAUUUUACAUGCUGUGUUUUAAAAAUGACAGCUAGCAGCUGAUUGUUUGGUACUUUAUAUCUCAAGCUUUGAUAAAUCUCCCCCAUGGUCUUGUGAACUGCUCUCUCUUCAGCUGUGAUAUCGGCUGAAAUGGUUAAUUAUAGGUUUAUACUAGUACAUCUUUGUGGAAAUAGAAUUUUGAUGCAGUUUCUAUGGAAGAUGUAUUCAGUUUCUCUAGGGUAUUUUGCCAAUUGCUACGCUUAUGGGCCUCUCUACGCAAAAUGACCUGUUUUUGUCAUUUAUUGGGCGGAAUGUAAUGAAGUUCGAGUUUGGCGGUUGUGUGGGAUGCCGGCCAAACG